AUGGAGCGCCACACUAGCACCAGAGUUUUCCAACGUCAUUGGUGGAAAUCAACUUUCCAACUUGUGUUUAUCAACUGAAAAGUCAAGGAAAAAAACAUUUCAAUCAGUAUAUAGUGUGACUGAUUGUAACUGUGUUCGUAACUACGACUGACGUUUAGUUAUCAUUCUAUCGCUAGAUUUUGAACAUGUCGUAAAGGUUCAAUCCUCAAGUUAUCUUACAAGCAUUAGAUGAAUUAAAACCGUUAUUCAUUAGGUAUUUGGUAGUUUAAUCGAUUGAUUUUUGUCGCAUGAAUACAUCGAUAUGGAUCUCAGGCAGCACCCGGAUUUAAUCAGCACUCUCAGACUUUUCAUCCAGAGGUUGGGUAGUUGGGGCACGUCCAGAGGGGAUAACGACAGUUCUGAUGAUGAAAUUAUCAUCUCAGAGACAAUGCCCAAAAAUAUGGCUUUUUGCAGCACAGAACAGCUCACUAAGAAUGAUAUAUGUUUCGAGACGAAACUGGCGUCUGGGCUGGUUCAAACUGAGGAGAAAGAUGUGAAUCAGUGUGUGACGUCCAUCAUUCAGAGGAGCCAGCUUGGGCCUGGCUUCACUACUGGACAAAUCCGCAGGAUCGGAAAUCAUUUUUUGCCAAAUACCAUGAAGAAGGUUGAUAAGUACAAUAGCAAAGCUUUCUGUGGGACCUACUCCAAGAAUGGGGAUCUACUCGUCACUGCCAGUCAAGAUAACUAUUUGCGAUUUUAUCACACACGAAGUGGAGUUUACAAGCUGUUCAAAAAAUUGAAUGCCCAAAAUGUGUCCUGGAGUAUUUUGGACACUGCAUUCAGCCCUGAUGGGAAUUAUAUUGCCUAUUCGAGUUGGUCCGACUCAUUGUACCUUUGUCCGAUUUACGGAGACUCAAAUAUCCAAGAGGCUCUUCCCCUCGCCCCCUCGGACACGGGAAGGUUCUGUAUAUUUUCACUAGUAUUCUCGAGUGAUGGCAGGGAGAUCCUCGGUGCUGCCAACGAUGGGUGUCUUUAUGUGUACGAUAGAGAGUGUCACCAGUGUGCCAUCAAAAUUGAGGGUCAUGCGGAGGAUGCCAAUACAGUUGCUUUUGCUGAUAGCACGUCACAGAUUUUGUACAGUGGGGGGGAUGAUGGUCUCUGUAAGGUCUGGGACAGAAGAACCCUGAACGAAGCGAAUCCUCACCCAGUGGGAAUCCUGGCGGGUCACACGGACGGAAUAACCUACGUAGAUCCCCGUGGUGAUGGUCGCUAUCUGAUAACAAACAGUAAGGACCAAACUAUAAAACUCUGGGAUGUGCGGGUGUUCUCGAGCGCCGAGGCUGUCGACAACACUCGUCGAGCUGUCGCCAAUCAGAACUGGGAUUACAGAUGGCAACGUGUUCCCAAGAAGUUUUACACUGCUAACAAAGGGAAGUUGGAAGGUGAUACGAGUGUGAUGACAUACAGGGGCCAUAUGGUUGUGCAGACAUUGGUGAGGUGUCAUUUUUCUCCACCUGUUACGACAGGCCAGAGAUACAUUUACAGUGGCUGUGGAACUGGAAAAGUUAUAAUUUAUGAUCUCCUAACUGGGAGUAUAGUUAGAACAUUGGAAGGACACAAGGGUUGCGUCAGAGAUGUCAGCUGGCACCCAUAUCGACACGAAAUCAUAUCAUCCUCUUGGGACGGGGUGAUUGGUGCCUGGAAAUAUCUCACCAAUGAUUCAGAAUUGCACGACGAGUGGGCGGAAGGAUAUUAUCAACAGAAGAAUAAACAAUCGAAUCGAAGAAAUACAUAAAAUACUAUUUUAACUACGUUUAACGAGUAAGUGCUAAUAAAUGUUGAAUAUUCCACUGGAGAGAAGGGGAUAUAAUAUUAUGAAA